CCUCUUUGCUCUUCAUUUUUCUUCUAGCUCUCCACUCACGAAUACAGGCGGCGGUUAGUUAGGGUUUGCCCAUCUGCCAUCCGUCCAUCCGCCUGACUCCUUUCCACCAUCUCCGACCAUCCUUUCCUCCAUCUCUGGCCGACGACUUCGUCCAUCUCUGGCGGCUUCUUCUCCGGCCGGCGGCUGGACGCAGGUGCUAGACCAGACGGUGGCCAGAUCUUGCUGCCACACGACGUUGUUCUUGCUGCCUAGAACAAGACCUCUGUUGCUGCUUCCACACAACGUCGUUCCCACUGCAAGAAGACAUUGUUCAUGCUGAAAGAUAUUGUUCCUGCUGCAUGAACAAGACCGCCUCUUCGGUUGUUCCUGCUGCCAAACAACACCUGGUUCAGGACUAUUUAGCGAGGCGAAAGGUAUAUUCCAGAAGAUGCAGGACUGCAGUCACGCCCUGACUUGUUCUCCUACCUCACGCUGAUCAGAGCAUACAUAGAGGCUAAGCUGCACACUGAGGUAGAAGAACCCAUCUGGACAAUGCUGAGGAGCGACACGACAGGAAGCCACCUGAUUCUCGCGGUUUUGAAGGUGUAUAUGCUGGAGGCCAAAGCUCGCAGUCGAUCGCGACGUAGUGGAGCACGCUUUGGUGGCGGUCCGGGCCACAUCGAGCUGGUGCCGCAUGGCGUUCCGGAAGGACGAGCAUGGCGUGGUGAACGCUGUGCCGCUUCUGGACCUGGCUACAUCUGGUCUUGGUGCAGAACAAGAGUAUGGAAAAUACAAGCAUAUUGUGGAACUCUCGAAAGCAAUAUUUGGUCUAAGAGUGAAUUAUGUACAAUGGGAACCAGAGCUCCAAAAAUCAUGGGACGAUAAUCAGGUUCUAGAAGGGUAUCUGAAAGGAACACUGGGUUUCAAUUUUUAGCAGGAACACUUUCUUGACUUCCUUCGUCAAUUAUUAUGCUUCAAUCGAGGCCAAGUGUCUCCGUCUUACGUCUGCUUGACCACUAUAGGACCUACAACCUUAUGGCUGCUAUAGUAUCUAGUUAUACUAGCUUUGGAUUUGAAGUUAUAGGAUUAUUUUCAAAUAUGCUUAAUGUUUAAUACUUUGAGUUGAAGUUAUAGGAUUUACAGAUAUAUGUUUUGAAGUUAUAUGAUUCUCUAUGGGAUGAAAUAUUUGUGUUGAACAAAUAUGUGAUGUGUAAUAUUCCAUGACGAUAUGAA